GGAAAUUCAAACUUUGUGGAACAAAACAUCGGUGUCAGACGUUUUUAAAACACAUUUUUGCUUCUCCUUUUUUCAUAUACUUGGGGGGAGGCGGUGUUGGUGUGUUUGAAGCAGAGAAGAUGCCUGUGGAGCGGUUUGAUCCUUGCGGAGCCGAAGAACUCCAUAAAUAUUAUGAGGUUUAUGAGACUAUUGGCUCAGGAGGGUUUGCUAAAGUGAAGCUGGGACGACACCUCUUGACCAGAGAGAAGGUUGCCAUUAAAAUUAUGAACAAGAAAAAUCUUGGGGACGACCUGCCUCGUAUAAAAGUAGAAAUCGAGGCCAUGAAGAACCUCAGCCAUCAGCACGUCUGCCGCCUCUAUCAGGUCAUAGAGACGUCCACUCAUAUCUACAUGGUACUGGAGUACUGUCCAGGUGGAGAGCUGUUUGACUAUAUAAUAGCAAAGGACCGUCUGUCAGAAGAGGAGACCAGGGUGUUUUUCAGGCAGAUUGUCUCUGCGCUGGCCUACGUCCACAGCCAAGGUUACGCACACAGGGACUUAAAACCGGAAAACCUGUUGAUAGACGAAGACCACAACUUGAAGCUGAUUGACUUUGGCUUGUGUGCGAAACCUAAGGGGGGUCUGGGCUAUGAGCUGAUGACAUGCUGUGGCAGCCCUGCUUACGCCGCUCCUGAACUUAUCCAGGGAAAAGCCUACAUUGGUUCUGAGGCUGAUGUGUGGAGCAUGGGCGUGCUGCUGUUUGCUCUGCUCUGUGGAUACCUGCCCUUUGAUGAUGAAAACUGUAUGGUUCUUUACAGGAAGAUCACAAGUGGCAAAUAUGACAACCCCCGAUGGCUCUCUCCAGGAAGUAUCCUGCUCCUCAACCAGAUGAUGCAGGUGGACCCCAAGCGGCGUAUAACAGUCCGUCAUUUGCUGGACCAUCCCUGGGUGAUGAAAGGCUACAGCAGCCCAGUGGAAUGGCACAGCAGGCAGCCGCUUGGUCACGUUGAUGAAGACUGCAUCACUGAGAUGGCCGUCAACAUGAAACGAUCAAGAGAGAGCACCACCGUGUUGGUCAGAGAGUGGCGGUACGACCACGCCACAGCUACCUACCUGCUGCUGCUGUCGAAGAAGCAGCGCGGCCGGCCGGUCCGUCUGCACACCGAACCAGCAUUCUGUAACGGCCGCGGCUCUCCUCUGCACCGGGGAUUAGAGGGCAAGGAUGCUCUUCACUUCAGUGAGGAUGAUGAAGCUUUGAUUGUCGGUUCUCUGGACUUUUGCUCAGACUACAUUGAUGAUUGUCCGUGGAUUUCAAACACACAACAUACACCUCGGGUGGUUAGAGAUCAGAGUGACAGCACCACAAAUGGCAAAGAGACGAAACUGGCCUCUCCUUUAGGAAAAAAACGAUACGCUUGCAGCCCAACAUCAGAGAAAGUGCGAUCGGCGCCACAGCACUGUCGGGAGAAACGGGACAGAGACAGAGAACAAACCAGUGAGAACAAGGAGAGUAUUGAUGUGCAGGAGAAAGAUGUUGAAAUUUUUAUGUUGCCUCCUCCCCGAACUCCUGCAUCUAAUAAGAAGAAUAUACGCCAAAACAAGAACAUGUUGACCACGCCCACCAAAAGUGGAAAUAAAAAUAAUGCAGUCACACCUAAAGAUGGUGGCAGUGCCUCUAAAGACAACAGCAUUCGGAGGAGACGAGCAGAGAACAAGGAGCCUGUGAACCUCGAGAUCAUGGCCUUCAGUCCUGAGAGGAGGUCUCGGUCUUUGGACAUGGCGGGUGCAGGAGACAGCAGUAAAAAGAAGAGAGCAGGGAAGGUGUUUGGCUCUUUGGAGAGAGGUCUGGACAAGGUGAUCACCAUGCUGACUCCCAGCAAGAGAAAAGGCCUGCGUGAUGGCCCGCGCAAGAUCAAGGCACAAUACAAUGUAACUCUGACGAGUCAGACGAACCCAGACCAGGUCCUGAACCAGAUCCUCUCCAUCCUCCCAGAGAAACACGUCGACUUCACACAGAAAGGUUACACCCUGAAGUGCCACAUCGGCAACGAUUUUGGCAAAGUGACAAUGGCGUUUGAGCUGGAAGUGUGCCUGCUGCAGAGGUCGGAGGUGGUUGGGGUGCGACGCCAGAGGCUGAAAGGAGAUGCGUGGGUCUACAAGCACCUGGUGGAGGAUAUCCUCUCCACCUCCAGCAUCUAAACACCACACAGGAGGCACUUUAUCCCGUAAUAACAUCAUGUUUUCCACCAAGCACUCUGGACGUUUGGUGUCAGACAUGACUUUGUACAAAAAAGACAGACCUGGUUGAUGUGUGGGGUUUGAGCUAUAAGAUCAUGUCUUUACACAGGGUUCUUGGUGAAUUUUUCCAUCUGCCAGUAUCAAAACCACAAUACAUGAACAUUUCCAACAGAAUACUGUUGUUUUUGCAUAGAAGUUACAUUUCUUCACAUAUUUCUAUUGUGUCUCCUUAACAUUUGUAGGAUGUUUGUCAGUCCAGAAGGGACAAACUGGUGUUAUACAUGCUUGUGUUUAAAAUGAGAUUUGCUGCUGAGGUUUAUUGUAUGACACUAAUAACAAUUAUUAAUAUAAGGCUACAUCUUUUUUUUUUUAUAAAGAAAGUUUUUCAUCGUCUACAAGUGUCUUUUUGUUUCUUACCUGUUGGUGCUUUUUACAAUUUUGUCAUAUUGUGAGGUGUUUUUGUUUUUUAAAUGAAAUUGUGCAAGUAGCAAAAUAAAUAGUUUCUGAUAGGUAU